AAGGUGUUCAGGUCUUCUCGGCUCUGAUGGAGUCUGCUGAGAGAGGCCUGAAGGAGCUCCUCAAGGAGAUCCAAGACAAACUGGAAGCUACAGAGAAACAGGCUGAAGACUUCAUCAGAGAUCUGGAGCAGGAGAUCUCUGAGCUGAAGAAGAGGAGCUCUGAGGUGAAGCAGCUCUCACAGGAUGAAGAUCCCCUCCACCUCCUCCAAAGCUUCUCCUCCCUGAAAGMUGCUCCACCCACCAAGACCUGGACAGAGGUCAGAGUUCAUCUACCAUACUAUGAGGGGACUGUGGUGAAAGCUGUGGCUCAUCUGGAGGAGACGAUCCGGGAAAAGAAGAUGAAGAAGCUCCUAGAGGUUGAGCUGAAGAGGAUCCAGCAGUUUGCAGUGGAUGUGACUCUGGAUCCUGAUUCGGCUCAUCCUGAUCUCAUCCUGUCUGAUGAUGGGAAACGAGUGAGAGAUGGAGAUGUGAGGAAGAAACUUCCAGACAAUCCAGAGAGAUUUUCUCUGUUUUCUAAUGUUUUAGGACAGCAGAGUUUCUCCUCAGGCAGAUUUUACUUUGAGGUUCAGGUGAAAGGAAAGACUGACUGGACUAUAGGAGUGGCCAGAGAAUCUGUAGACAGGAAGGGAGACAUCAGUCUUUGUCCUCAGAACGGUUUCUGGACGGUUGGGUUGAGAAAUGGAAAUUCUUACAAAGCUGCUGCUGGACCUUCAGUCUGGCUCUUUCUCCAUCCUGGUCCAGAGAAGGUCGGGGUGUUUGUGGAUUAUGAGGAGGGUCUGGUCUCCUUCUAUGAUGUAGAUGCUGCUGCAAUGAUCUACUGCUUCACUGGCUGCUGCUUCAUGGAGAAACUCUACCCGUUGUUCAGUCCUGGUCUUAGUGAUGGAGGUAAAAACUGUUCUCCUCUGAUCAUCUGUCCUGUUCUUCACUAGUUGUUGCUCUGAUGAAGCUCCAUGAAGAAUGAAUCAGUAGGUGAAGCCUUUCUGUCCACCUGGACUACACUGUAAAGACCAUGGUCAAGACAUGGUCAAGACUCUGCAGCUGUUUUCAUCCUCGCUCCUUCACGCUGGGACUCAUUAACCUCUUAAGUGCUUUAACACCAAAUAUUGGUCAGGCAAAGGGCUGAUUUGCCUAAAAUCACCACUUUUCACCUGUCAAGAAAAGUUGAGAUCAUCCCACUUCCCCAUGCUGGAGAUUUUAGUUUAACAGUAACAAUAAAUAAAGUUACACACGUUAA